UUUAGAAAGAAGGGGGCUGGGAUGGGGUCGUGUAGCAGCCGACAAGGCUCGAACCCAUCAUGGGGGAGACUCAACCGCCGACCCAAAAGGCGUUCCAGACUCUCUUCUUUUUUCAUCUGCGGUACCUCUUCAUCUCAUGCUCCUCUUGAGAUGUAGACAGGAGGCGGAAAGAGAAGCUUUUUUGUGGCAGUGGUUGAGCAUUUCAUAAUUGUUGCUCCAAACCUGGGUCACCAAGAGAGCUCCAUGAAGUCAUUGAGGAUACAAGAGUCGAGUGAAUUAUAAUUGUGUUAGCACCAGCAAAUGUCUUGUGCAUUGCAUGUUCCUUAACAAGUUUAUGUCUUGGAAGUUAUCUUUUCUUCUUCGUAUUUAGAUGGAAGAUUAUCCAGCUGAAAUUCUGGUGAAGUCGGCAGAUCACUCUGGCCCAGUUAGCAACGUUGUCCAAAGUCCCUUGGACGAAUCUGCUUUGAUAUGCAGUAUGGGAACAAGAUUUAGCCGCAUAGAUAGUGAAACUGGAAUUCCAGCUGAAAGCAGUUCUGCAGCCAGUCAGAAUUCCUCUGUUGAAGGUGGCUCUAGAGAUGUAGAAACUAGUCAUUGCAGGAAAUGCUUGACUGAAAAUACAGAGUUAGUUGCUUCUCGGGUAGAUGCUGGUUAUAAUCGCGGUGAAUCUCAUAAGGAGAGUAGUACUUCAGCUAGCACUCCCUUUAUAGAACAACAGUCCUCGGAUCCUGUCUCAGAAAAUCUUUCGACUAAUGAGGGUGCAGUCAGAUUUGAAAAUGCAAACAAGGGUGUGUCUGAGGUCUGUCCUGAGCCAAGUAUUUUGUCUCCUCGAGGGCUUGAAGAUUCAAAUUUGCACAGGAUACCUGUUGAGAAUGAGUCGGGUGAAGUAACAACAGUAACUAACUCUGGUUUUGCUUCUGCUCCUCAUGCCUCAGAACCGGAGACUUCUCACUCCAUCGGAGGUGAAUCCAUUAUAGAAGUGAUGCCUUCAGGUUUAGGAUUUCUCCUAUCUAAUAGGGAGAGGAGCCAGGGAGAUGGAAGUGUUCUUCAUGUUGAUCUCGUGAGUCUCUCUUCCAAUAUUUUAUCGGGUGGCACCGCUGAUACAAGUAAUCGUGAAUCCAGGAGGAAUAGCAGAAGAAUGUUUUCGGAUGCUUUUUCGAGACGCAGUUCCAGAAGAGUUAAUAAUUCCCAGUCCAUUUUUCUUUCAACAGAUGAUAAUAAUGAUCCAGGAUUUGAUAACAGAUGGCUCCUUGAUUUCGAUGGUGAUUUCUUUUAUGACGGGGCUGCAGGUGAUUCUGGUUACCUCAGCAGUAGAAUUCAUAGAUUAAAUGAACGAAGACGACACUCAAGACUUGAGAAUUGGUUAAGGCUGCAUGGUGGACAUGAUGAAAAUCAUCGGCGAACUACAUUUUGUCCAUCUGGAAUCCACCCUGAUGGCACUUGCUCAUGUGAUUCUUCCCUGAUGACUGAUGAGCCUAGUGCUCGUGUAAGCAUAUCUCGAAUAGUUAUGCUUGCUGAGGCUCUAUUUGAGGUUUUGCAUCGUCAACCUGUUUCACUUUCCCUAUCCAUGGUAUCACCGCCGGCUCCCGAAUCUGUAGUUGAUUCUUUCCCCCUCAGAAGUCACAACAGAAAAGCAAAUGUAGCUGAGGACGGGGAUGCUGUUGAACAGUGUCAUAUAUGUUUGGGUGAAUAUGAGGAAGGGGACCAAAUAAGAAUUCUGCCUUGCCAGCAUGAGUUUCACAUGUCUUGUGUGGAUAAAUGGCUCAAAGAGAUACACGGAGUAUGCCCACUUUGCAGAGGCGAUGUUCGUCAUGGUGGUGGGGAGUCUUCUGUCUCAAACUCUGAGAUUCCAUCUCUUUGAUGUAACUGUACAUAUAAAUGUAAAUAUAGUAAUGGAUUCUUGUAUAAAUGUUAUAUCUAUAUUUAUUUCCUGUUUACCA